AUGUGAGCGGAUCAGCUGCAGGUCUGAUGGUGAUGAUGAUGAUGAUGAUGAUGAUGGUGGUGGAGGUGGAGGUGGAAGUCUGAGUCAGACCAGGAUGCUCAGAGCCGCUCCAGACUGAACCAAACCCGGACACAGAUUCAGCUCCAGACCGAGAGGAAGGAAGACGGUGAGUCCGCAGACAGCGCAUCUUCCCCGGCCACCGAACCGACACUCAGCCCGGAGAACACGCACCGAGAGCCGGACAGCUGGAUCCGAACCCACCGGCCCGGCUCAGUGCGGGUCCGGGUCUAGUGCUCAGGCCAUCGAUCCGACAGCAGCCUCUGGACUCCACCUCCCAGAAUGCCGGAGCAGAGCAACGACUACCGGGUGGUGGUGUUUGGAGCCGGUGGCGUCGGGAAGAGCUCGCUGGUUCUUCGCUUUGUGAAAGGAACAUUCAGAGACACAUACAUCCCCACGGUGGAGGACACCUACAGACAGGUCAUCAGCUGUGAUAAAAGCGUCUGUACGCUGGAGAUCACAGACACAGCAGGAAGUCACCAGUUUCCCGCCAUGCAGCGUCUGUCCAUCUCCAAAGGCCACGCCUUCAUCCUGGUCUACUCCAUCACCAGCCGCCAGUCGCUGGAGGAGCUGAAACCCAUCUACCAGCAGGUUGUGACCAUCAAAGGCAGCAUGGACGCCAUUCCCAUCAUGCUCGUGGGCAACAAAAGCGACGAGACGGCGCAGCGCGAGGUGGAGGCGAAGGAGGGCGAGGCCCAGGCCACUGCCUGGAAGUGCUCCUUCAUGGAGACGUCGGCCAAGACCAACUCCAACGUGAAGGAGCUGUUCCAGGAGCUGCUGGCCCUGGAGAAGAAGAGGGACAUGAGUCUGGGCAUCGACGGCAAACGUUCAGGGAAACAGAAACGAGCCGACAAGCUGAAGGGGAAGUGCAGCGUCAUGUAGAGCGAGUGGAGGACUCGCCAAACUUCUUCUUCUUCUUCUUCUUCUUUGGUGGUGUCCUCCUCCGUCUGUCUGAACUCUGGAGCCCAGACGAACAACGAGACCAGAGAGACUGGUCCAGGCUGCUGCCCCCAAAGAACCAGAAACACUUCAUAGAAAUCAUCCACGUCUCCCUUCACUUCUGUCUGACAGCAAAGUCCUUCAUGUUUUAGUUUCCUGUGUUCAGACAUGAGCUUAAAACAUGUUGUUGUUUCCUAUAUUUAUACCUUGUAUGCGACCAACUCUCACCUUCUUCACAACACGUUCAUGUUAGCAUGCUAGCUAUUUAUUUUAGCCUCCUAAACUAUCCAUGAACCACGCGAAGCUUUAGAUACCGAGGUCCGUCCUCCACCUCCUGCCAUCAUCAGUGAAUGAGCUACAUUUACCCUGGAUGAACAAACCUUCCAUUGUGUUCUGGACAGACGAGCAUGCAGGAUGUGAUUAGCCUAGCUUAGCUCAAACACUGGAAGCAGGGGGAAACUGUUAGCUUAGCUCCAUCAUCAUGUUGUCGGAUUGAAAUGAUUCUUUUGGGUUAAAUUAAGGUUGUAAAUCCAGUUUUAAUAAAAUGGAAGCAGUGAGUGGAGGAUGUUUUUAUUCGUCACCUUUACUGGAUCCCUGUUAGCAUCAGAUCAGGAUUAUUACAUUUUGACUUUAAUAACAAGAAUAAAACCAGAUUUGAAAGAUG